AUCAUGUAUCGCUUGUAAACUUGAAUUGGAGGCGUGUGCUUUCGAAGUGGGAGAGCGCAUAGGGAGGGAGGGCAAACUGGUCCACACACUAAUAAGAACCCAAUGGCUGGGGCACCGCGGACAGGAGCGCUUCAACGAGACAAGUAGACGGACAAAACCUCUCGAGGUGCAUUGCUGAAGGCAGACAUGGGAUGAGGUUCAAAGAACGCCACAGAAUUGGCAGGGCAGAUAUUUCACAGAUAAGCAAAGAAUGGACCACCACCAAGAUUUGACCACCAUCAUUCAAAUGCUAUCAGGUGCCUGAAGCGGGGCUUGCUCAGCGGGCACAGUAGGUCAGUGAUACUAGGGACCCAGACCCAGAACUCUCCCCAAUGAAGGUGUCCUCCUGGUGGGUAAGCCUGGCAUGGCUUGGCUUGCUCGCCAUCUUCACAUGGAGCUCCAUGGUCCAGGGGUGCGGGCCAGGCCCUGGGUACGGCUUCCGCCAUAGGUCUAGGAAACUCACCCCCAUGCCUUACAAGACCUACUUCCCCAAACUUUCUGAGAACAACCUGGGUGCCAGUGGGAGGUCAGAGGGCAAGAUCACACGCAACUCAGAACGCUUUAAUGAACUGGUGUGUAACUACAACCCUGAUAUCAUCUUCAAAGAUGAGGAGAAAACCCUUGCUGACCGCUUCAUGACCAAGCGCUGUAAGGACUGCCUCAACAAGCUGGCCAUAGCGGUGAUGAACCACUGGCCUGGGACGAGGCUGAGGGUGACAGAGGCCUGGGAUGAGGAUGGCCAUCACCCCCCUGACUCUCUUCACUAUGAGGGGAGGGCCGUGGACAUCACAACGUCGGACCGCGUCCUAGACAAGUACGGCAUGCUAGCCCAGCUGGCUGUGGAGGCUGGCUUCGACUUUGUGUACUAUGAGUCCAAGCACCAUGUGCACUGCUCUGUCAAAGCUGAUCACUCCGUGGCAGUGGAGAAAGGGGGCUGUUUCCCCGCCUGGGCCCGGGUGAGUGUAGCCGGAGGCGGACAGAAGACCCUGGCGUCCCUGGAGCCUGGAGACAGAGUGUUGGCCCUGUCUGAGUCAGGACACGUCGUCCUCAGCCGUGUCCUUCUAUUGCUACACCAGGACCAUGAGAGCAGGUCCACUUUCCUCGUCCUGACCACACAAGAUGGCCACCGCCUUGCCCUCACUCCCCACCACCUGGUCUUCCUGGCCCCCCAUUACAAACUCCACCACAGUGAGUACCAGGCUCGGUUCGCCAGUAGAGCCAAACGGGGAGACUAUGUACUCGUCCAUGGAGCAGACGGUCGACUACAACCAUCUCGGAUCGUUUCGGUAUCACAGGAGGAAGGGGUGGGAGUUUACGCACCCCUGACUGAACACGGCACUCUGUUUGUGGAUGGGGUGCUGGCAUCCAGCUAUGCACUUCUAGAGGACCAUAGACUGGCACACUGGGCGUUUGGGCCUCUGAGACUGCUGCUCUCGGUCAUCCAGCUAGUUUGGGGGGAGGGCACACAGGGGGCGCAGGUCACAGAAGCAGAGAGAGAGCACACAGAGACGCCGCCCAGUCACUGCAACACUCACCAGAAGAGCCUGAGAGUUUGGGGGAAUCAGAACCUCAGCAGCCCAGGCGUGUAUGUGAAUACAAACACUUCCGACAGACAAAGUCAUUGGACCUCUGUACCCAGAAACAGAGACAUUGAGGGAGGGAACUGUGACGCCGUGCCAGAUAAAGUUCUGAGGGUGCACUGGUAUGCUAGGCUGCUACACCGGCUUGGACAGAUCUGUCUAGACCCGGAGACAUUUCAUCCCUAAUAUAAAACACACUGUAGUUACAUUUACACCGUGUCCUACCGAGAUACAUUUCCACUAUAACGCUCAUAUUCUUUUGCCCCAUCUCUUACUGCUGCAACCUCGUUUUAAACCUUAUGCACUGAAAGGGCGUAUUUGCAUCUUACUCACCAGUAUUUGCAUCGUAAUGUAUUUAUAUAUUCACAUUGUACCUCCUCUUUUACAUUCAUUAAAUGUGUUAACAGUUGUUUGGUUAUGGUGAAUGAAGAAUCGUCCCGUCUUCAAAAGGUAAUGCUUAAAAUGUGUCAUAAAAUGCUUUCAUACAAGUUAAUUCCUGAGAGAAAUGAACUCGCCAUAAUAACUACUGCAUCAGCAUAAAAUGUUUGUGUGUUGUCAAGAACCCAUUGUAUAUGUAUCUAAUUGAGAUAACAUCUAUAAGUCAACAGACAAUGUGGUUUUCCUAUACACUUUAUUAUUCUAAAACAAUGAGGAAAUAUGAGUAUGUACUAGAAACAAUAAAAUAUUUAUUUUUUGUACUUUCUGAAUCAUAAUAUAUAAAUGAGGCCAUUUAUAAAACGCAACAUGUACAUGUGUUGGUCCCAUGUUUCAUGAGCUGAAAUAAAAGAUCCAAGAAAUGUCUCUCAA